UGUUGAUUCACAAUUAACAAGACUAGAUUUUCCAUAUUCUUUGAGAAACGCCUAAAAGAAAAUAGCAUAGCUGAAACGACGCCGUGAAUUGCGUUUUGUAUUCUCAUUUCUCCUCAUUGUUGCAAGCUGUUCAGACCACACUAGAAAUUAGUAGAGAGCGCAGAAAAGUAAAAGGCCAUUGAAGAGAUAGAAGAUGAGCUUAUCAACGGCGUCGUAUUUGGCUCGAAGAGCAGCUCAGAAGCAGAAAGUUCGCAUUCUCUACCGUCGAGCACUCCGAGAUGCACUCAAUUGGGCUGUUCAUCGUCAUAUAUUUUACGAAUAUGCUGAUGACCUUCGGAAAAAGUUUGAUGCCAACAAAAAUUUGCUAGACCUUGAUGCAAUUGACAGAAUGAUUGCUGCUGGUGAAGCGGAGUACAAUAAGUGGCGGCACCCUGAUCCUUAUAUCGUUCCAUGGGCUCCUGGUGGUUCAAAGUUCUGCAGAAACCCAGAGCCACCUAAAGGGAUUGAAAUCAUCUACAACUACGGCCAAGAAGAGGCGGAGUUAAAGUAAAUACUUUUUGUUUAUGCAGUAAAUAAAGAUGAGCUUACUCCCAUGGUGGGAGGUUGAUGACGAAGCGCUAUAGCCUGUUUGCAAUUAGCUGCUGUUCAAAUUUAUUGAGAUGUUACACUGUCCUGUUUUGUUAUAAUCUUGAGUUCAUGGUAAACUUUUGAAUUUUAGUGUUGAUCUUCCAAAGAUAAUAAUUUUUACACACAUAAAUGCAAACCAAGGGUUCUCCUUAUUGCCUUGUGUACUUGCUGGAUGUAUCGUGUAUGGUUGUCUCAUAAUUUACAAUAUUACGUUUUGAUGGAUUUUUUUCCACAAAUAUGUUUUAUACUCCAAACAUAAUACUUUGGCUAUUAAUUCUUAUUUAAGUGGACAUCAAGAAUUGAGAUUGA